AUGGCCUCGUCAGCUCUCCCAGGUCAACUCCUCGGCCCAACCAAAUCCAACAACAUCGGCGCCGGCACCCACAUCUCCAGCUCCAACCUCUACGCCAGCAUCGCCGGGCCCCUCACCUCGAACCCAUCAACGUCCAAAUCCUCCCCCGCCCCGACAAUCUCCAUCUCCCGCCCCUCUGGCGACCUCCUUCCCGAAGUCAACACCACGAUCAUCGGCAAAAUCACCCGCACCAACCCCCGACAAGCCAGCCUCUCCAUCCUCGCUCUCGGCCCCACCGGGGCACACGUCCUGCGCGAGCCUCUCCCUGCGCUGAUACGACAACAAGAUAUCCGCGCAACAGAGGUGGAUAAGGUGAAAAUGGCCGAGUGCUUUCGGGUCGGGGAUGUGGUGCGGGCGAACGUGAUUAGUCUGGGUGACGAGAGAGCGUAUUAUUUGAGCACGGCGAGGAAUGAGCUGGGCGUGGUGAUGGCGUGGAGUGAGGCGGGGAAUGUCAUGGUCCCGGUUAGUUGGCGGGAGUUUGUGGAUGAGGCGACGGGGGCGAGGGAGGGGAGGAAGGUUGCUAAGCCGGUUUGA